CAAUCCAGCCCAGCACUUUCACUUUGAGCCGAGUGAGGAUACACAGAGUGGCCAGAGGGAGAGAUAGAGAGGAAGAGGAGGCCAGAGUCUAUCUCGUUCUAUCCAUUGACCAGCUGCGAGGGAGAGGGGGCGAUUCAAAUUAGGCUGUUCAGGAAGAUUCUAGGUCAGUGGUGAGAGAGAAGGGGAAAGGGAAAGAGAUAUAGGAACAAACAAAAGGACAAAACAACAAAAGCUUUCACAGGAAAAAGGCUGCAGCCUCUCAGGCUUAAGUGGGAAAAUCCAAAGUGAGAGAGCAGGAUGGCGUGAGAGGAUAAAUGAGGCAUUUUUGUGGAAAGUACCAAAAGAACUCAAGAGGACGAAGUGCAAAAAGGGAUGUCAACAAGAAGACUGAAUAUCAAGCUAUGAAAAGAGGAGACACAGCAGCACACUUUGUGUCAAAGAUCUCAAGAAACGACAGAGGAGGAAACUUUGCCUUUCACAGACUGACACAGUCACCCCCGUCUGCAGAGUGAUUGCUGUCAACAAGAAGAAAUGGAGAAGUGCCCCUUCUUAGAAAGAUAAAAAGGAUGUCACUGCCAGUUUUGCUGUUGCUAUCACUCUUGACUGUCCAAUGUGGUGGAUGUGACUUUGACUGGGAAGGUGUGAAAAACAUUAAAGCGACCAUCGACUCGAAUCCGACUGGAUUUCGGAGAGUAUUUCCAAAAGAUUACUAUGUCGUGCACCACUACACAAGAAGCAUGCUGUGUGACACUGAUCCGUGCUGUGUGUUCCCUGCUGCAGUUGUGCUCCUGGAUUCAUGGCAUGUGCUCCUCAGAAACCUCUGGGAUGAGCACCUAAAUCACUCCCUCAUCCUCGAUCUGAAGCAGACACUGGAUAAAAUUAUAAACAGGAACAAAAAUACAGAGAGAUUCCAUGAGGAGACAGACCUGGAUCAUUUCUCCACAUUAUCUUCCCCUCCUGAAGAACUCCUCAAACUAACGUCAGAACUUUUUACUCGCUGGCUUGACGUUGGGUGCUCAUCUGGGAUUGAGACGUGCACACUGCCCACUUUGCCCCCCUCGGUCGAGAGGAAGGAAUACGGUCCCUCGAGGGCCAGACUCUUGACCACUCGAGCCAUCAGCAGCGAGGUGGACGCUCAGCCUGACAGGAUGAUAGACAUUACACAGCUGCCUUCCAGAAGUGGCUCUCCAUCCUCCUCAUGUUACGCUUCCGUCUGGAGUCCCCUGUUAUUCAGACUAUACUGGUGGAUGUUGCCAUAGUUACUAAGAAAAAUUAUAUAUUUUUUUGAUGAUGCACAAAAAAAUGCAAAGACAUUUCCUGGCACUGAAUGUUUGUUUUUCUUAUACUUGUGUCUCUGUGUUUGAAUGCAGUAAGCUUUUGUUAUUUGAAGUGACAUGCACAGGUUGCAUUUAAUGUCCAAAGCUAGUCCACAUAACUAUUUUCACUGCCCAGAAGUGCUCUGUAACAAAUAAUAUCACACAUGUAUACCUAUAAUAGCCAUCAUCUCUAAAGCUAGCCCCAAGCUAAAGCUAGCUAUGCUCUGUAUGCUAACAAGAGAUAAAGCCAAUGCACAUAUGCCAUCGUCUAUUGAUGUGGAAUUCGUCACUGUUUACAAUGAGUUGGAUGUAAAUGUAAGAUAUGAAAGUCUGUGGGUUUUUAUUUUUGUACAUAAUUCUAAAUUAAAGACAUUUAGAUAUA